UGGGAGUGGACAGUGGGGGGUUGGCCUUUGGGGCGGCUCCGGAGCCUCAGCUUCCGCAGAAAGCGAGGAUAAGAAGCCGGGGCUGUGCAGGGCUGUGCAGGGCGCCGCGGAGCUUGGCCAUGGCGCGCCAGGUGCUGUCCAGCUGUGCGCUGCUGCUGUUGCUGCCCCUGCUGCUCGGGCCCCAGGCCCCGCUGGCCUCUGCCGCCCGCCACCCGGCUUUGUGGCCCCUGCCCAUGUCCGUGCAUCUGUCAGAGGAUCUCCUGUACCUCACCCGCGAGAGCUUCGAGAUCACUCACGGUCCCAGCUCUACCGCGGGUCCUCGCUGCUUUCUCUUGGAGGAGGCUUUCCGCCGCUAUCAUGAGUACAUUUUUGGCUAUUUCUUGAGUCCAAAUGAUCAUCUCGGUGGAACACAGCUACAAAAACUUCAUGUCACAAUUACCUCUGCUGACUCAGAGUGUGAUGCUUACCCUAACAGCACUUCUGAUGAGUCUUAUAAAUUGGUUGUUCAUUGCCCUGUGGCAGUGCUGGAAGCUAGGACGGUUUGGGGUGCUUUACGAGGUUUGGAGACUUUCAGCCAGUUAAUUUACAAAGAUCCUUAUGGGGUUUAUGUGAUCAAUGAGUCAGAGGUGAUUGACACUCCAAGGUUUGGUUAUAGAGGAGUUUUAAUUGACACAUCCAGACACUUUCUGCCAGUGAAGACUAUUCUUACAACCCUGGAUGCCAUGGCAUUUAAUAAAUUAAAUGUUCUGCAUUGGCAUAUAGUGGAUGACAAUUCCUUCCCGUAUCAGAGUAUGGCUUUUCCAGACUUAAGCGAGAAAGGAGCCUAUUCUUAUGCCCAUAUUUAUUCUCAAGCGGAUAUCUCAAUUGUGAUUGAACACGCUCGAUUACGAGGAAUCAGAGUUAUCCCAGAAUUUGAUACUCCAGGCCAUACGAUCUCUUGGGGAAAAGGUCAGAAAGACCUCUUGACACCUUGUUAUCAAGGAUCAGAGAAGACUAAUUCUUUUGGGCCUGUAAAUCCUAUUUUGAAUACAACCUAUGAGUUCAUGUCGAAGUUUUUCAAAGAAAUUAGCAGAGUGUUUCCAGAAGAGUACAUCCAUUUGGGAGGAGAUGAAGUAGACUUUGACUGUUGGGAAUCAAACCCAUUUGUGACAGAAUUCAUGAAGGAGCAAAGCUUUGGUAAAGAUUAUAGGAAACUUGAAUCUUACUAUAUUCAGAGGCUUAUAGAUAUCGUUUCAUCGACAAACAAAGGAUACAUGGUCUGGCAAGAAGUUUUUGAUAAUGGAGUAAAGCUUAAGCAGGACACUAUAGUUGAAGUGUGGAAAGAGGAGUUUUAUCGUAAGGAGCUAGCGGACGUAACAGCGGCCGGGUAUGCUGUGGUCCUUGCAGCCCCUUGGUACCUAGACUAUAUUACUUAUGGACAAGAUUGGAAGAAAUACUAUGCUGUGGAACCCCUUAAUUUUGCUGGUACUAAAAAACAGAAAGACCUGGUAAUGGGUGGAACAGCUGCCCUGUGGGGAGAAUUCGUGGAUGCCACUAAUCUCACUCCCAGAUUAUGGCCUCGAGCAAGUGCGGUAGCAGAACGGCUUUGGAGCCCCAAAGAUGUCCGAAACCUGGAUGACGCUUAUGAAAGACUGGCAGAACAUCGCUGCCGCAUGGUCAGACGUAGAAUUGCAGCAGAACCUCUUUAUAUUGGAUAUUGUGAAUUGUGACAUGCCCAAAUGGAGCAGAAUGGGGAAUAAACCGUUAUGGCUGA